GCCGAAGGCCACCGCGUGCGCCACUCCCGCCCACUCUCCGGUCUCGGCCGCUCUCCAGGGAGUCUGUAAACACACCCAGAGACUGUCAUGGAGGGGGAGGAGGAGGCGGCGGCGGCGAAGGGAGGCGACUGGGGCCGCCUCCGGGGUCCGCUCUGCCAUUCCUAAACGGGUCCCUUGUCCUGGUGACUGUGGCAUCAGGGAAGCGAACUGUUAGGCAAGAGGAGGAGGCAGUCAGAACCAUAUCCCCUUCUUCCCCGGGGCGGGGGCCGGGCCGGGCCAGCUGAGCCGGGGGAGGGCCCGGGGAGGGAGUGCCUGGCCGGGCCAGCCAGUCUGCCGAGAUGGAUGACAGUAAGGUGGUUGGAGGCAAAGUGAAGAAGCCAGGUAAGCGUGGUCGGAAACCAGCCAAAAUUGACUUGAAGGCAAAACUUGAGAGGAGCCGGCAAAGUGCAAGAGAAUGCAGGGCCAGAAAAAAGCUCAGAUAUCAGUAUUUGGAAGAGUUGGUAUCCAGUCGAGAAAGAGCUAUAUGUGCCCUCAGAGAGGAACUGGAAAUGUACAAGCAGUGGUGUAUGGCAAUGGACCAAGGAAAAAUCCCUUCUGAAAUAAAGGCCCUACUCACUGGAGAAGAGCAGAACAAAUCUCAGCAGAACUCAAGUAGGCAUCCCAAGGCUGGGAAGACAGAUGCUAAUAGCAAUUCCUGGUGAAGAUCAUAUGAAAUGAUGAGUCAGUGAUUGAAGCCAAUUUUCUGAUUCCCAUGGAGGAGGGAUGGGCAAGAGUGUACUUCUUGACUCCAUUUACUACCUACUGCUCAGUAGUCAUCUCUGUAAAUCUCCAGUUUCUACCAGAAUGUUUGAACAUAGGUCUCAAAGGAUCUUGCUUUAACUUUCAACACUUAGAAAAUUUAUAAACAUUCAGAGUUGUUUUGGUUGGUAUUGCCACCCGUGACAUUUAACACGUUGUGAUGCUUGAAAACACGAAGAGAGGAAAAUGGGUAAAGAUUAUAUUUUUGCACCUUAGCUCCACGUUGCUUUAUCAGUUAAUUUAUAUUCUUUCCAUGUAAGUCAUGUAAUUAUAUGUGUAAGUGUGUUUAGGUGUCACCUCCUUUCCUGUUUUUGAUUGCCCUUCAAAGAGAAACCAAAUGAGCUGAUUACUGACUGUUAAGUUCUCAGCCUUUAUGGACCUAAUCUUGUAUCUUUGUAUUUACUUGAGCAAUGUUUAUUUUCCGCAUGAACCAUUAUUUCUCCUGUGAGCCAUUCCAGCAUAAGCUGUGAAUAUGUUUUAAUGAAUAUAUACAUUUCUAUUUUUAUAACCCUUAAAGAUAUGCCUGCUUUAAGUAUUAUACAUGUUAACAAAAUCUAUCAGGAAAACCCUUAAGACAGCCUCUAUUUAAAACUUUGUUGCUGUCUUCUCAAACUAUAUUUAUAAAAGUUUGCUAGGGCCAAAUCCAUACUUGGAGAAUAAUUUGUCUGAUUUUAUUUUUAAGAAGUAACCUGUCAGGCAUUUCAGCAGCACACAUUAGUUUGACAGCCUAGAAUAUGUACAAGCGUAUGUAUGUAUGUACGUGUUUUCUAUUGUAUGUCUCUGUACGUACAUGGGGAAGACAGGAGUGAAUGUUCACACACAUUUUCCUGUGUACUCAAGUAAAUUGGAGAAUUUUUCUUAAGAAAAUAGGAUGUGAGUUUCUGCCCUGAGAUCUGAAACAAAACAAGGGAUAAAUUGCUAGUAGAUCUAAUAGUUGUAAGCCAUAACCAGAAAAAUUAGUUGCUUCCCUGACAUGAAUUCUUUAUGAAUGUGUCUGAGCCAGGAGGAAACACAUGGUGGGCACACAUCUGGCUUAGCUCUGGCUAUGCCUCCACUAUGGAGUGAAGCACUGAAGCUGGAGUUGUGCACUGCACCACAGCUAGGGUCCUGGCCGGACGUGCAGAAGGGCAGAGUAGCUCUUUCUAGCUCCCACCACAGCUACAUUUACUUUCUUCUUGACCACCAAAUGGAUUGAUGGUUGGGGAAUGAAAGCCAUAAUACGAUACACUCUGAUAGACCGAGGAAGCUUUUGAUUUCCCCAGUGAGACACUUUAUCUCUCUCUCUUCUCUUUCCCAUGGUUAAAACAGGAGUUGCGUUUUCUGUUGCUGCUAAAUUAUAAUUUUUCUGCACUCUAAUGAAGCAAAUAUUUGGCUUCCAAACAAAAUAUGUUUUGUUAUAAACUGGCAGGGUAAGAGAAGGCACCAUAAUCUAGAUUGUUUUGAGGUAGAACAUGAGAUGGACCACAUAGUUGAAGAUUACAAGGUACUUUUCCCUGUUCUCUUGGGUUGUAUAUUUGAAUAAAGUGCCUCCCCUUAGCCUGGGUUCCUAAAGACCUCUUCUACGUAGGUUGCAAUCUCUAAUUUACUGCAGUCUAGUUGUGUGUGACUACUGAUAAACCACUAGCCCAGCUUAUUGGGUCUCUCUGUGUUUUGGAAUAUUGGGGGUUUAAGUGUUUAAUGUCUUUUUAGGAUCA